UUCCGGUUACGAAAACCUAGCUCGCACAUGCGCUAGACAAGGCAGUCGCGGAGUUUAUUCUCCAAACAUGUGCAAUAAAUAAAUGUUACUAUUUAAAUGUCAGACCGUGACUGAAUAUUAGCCGAGGCUAAUGAUGAAACUAGCUCGAAAUAUCCCCCACGACUCGACGUUUUUUUUUUCUUUAGCUUGAAGAAAGCUAACUUAGCCGAGUAAAAGCAGUCGUUAGCCGGUGGUUGUUGAUAUUUUCAGGAGGCUGUGUGAAUAUGGAGAUAGAGAGUCGGGAGUUUUUGAACACUCCACCUGCGAAGAUUGUCAGGUUUGGGGGCAGCGUUGAGGAGACACUUGAGAAAUAUAGGCAGGGAGACUCGAGUGGUUACGAGCUGCUGCAACAUCAGCUGGCUGAUCCUGAGAUAAAGGAUGCUCAGAUCAUCAGCUGGCUGCAGGAGUUUCGGGCUUGUGUGAGCCAGCUCACCAAGGACCACGAACGACUUAUUUAUACCAUCUUGCGGCUUCCGUGGGUGGGUCGGAGCCAGGCCGUGGUGGAGGAGUACAUGGCCUUCCUCAGUAACCUGGUGUCGGCUCAGACGGUCUACCUGUGCGCCUGCCUCAAGAUGGUGGUGUCCCACUUUACUCCCAAGAGAGUGACCAUCUGUGAAGGAGGAGUGGACAUCUCUGAUUCAGAUGAUGAAGAUGAGAAUCUUCCCAGAAACUUCAAUCAGUGUCACCAGGCGCUACAGCUCAUCACCAGAUAUGUCCCAUCCACGAGUCGCUUCCUGAUGCCGAUUCUGCAGGACAACUUCCCGUUCGUACAGAAAUCCUCCAGAACACUGGAGUGUUACGUCCACAACCUCCUGAGGGUGACGGUGUACAUACCAUCAAUUAGACGAGACGUGCUGGAGGUGAUCAUCGGGAAGGUGCUCAAACUGGACGUGAGUGCGUCCCGAGCGGACAUCGAGGAGGCAGAAGAAAAUGCAGUCGAGAACCAGAGGACAGAGGAACACACUGAAGAGGGACUCUUUGACAUGGACGAGGACAUGUCAGCAGAUAAGCCUGCCGGGAAGACGUCGAUGGCUCAUCCGGUGGCCGAGAGGCUGGACAGCCUCAUGGCCGUGCUGCUGGCGUACAUCAAGGACGUCUGUCACGACAACGGCUCUCUUCACGUGGAAAGGACCAAGGAGCUGUACAAAGAUUUGCUGAGUGUGUUUGACAAGCUCAUUCUGCCCACUUACGCAUCCUGUCACGUCCAGUACACGCUCUUCUACAUCUGCAGCUUCAGACUGGCCCUAGCCGAGGCCUUCCUUGAUCACCUGUGGAAGAUCCUGCAGAACCCCUCUCAGCCUCCCGUCAUCCGCCAGGCUGCCGCUGUGUACCUGGGAAGCUUCCUGGCCCGGGCCAAGUUCGUCCCCGUGGUGACCGUGCGGGCCUGUUUGGAUUUGCUGAUCUCCUGGAUCCACGGCUACAUCGACAGCCAGGACAGCAGCGGCAAACAGGUGUGCUGCGACACCAGCCUGCACGGGCCCUUCUACACGGCCUGCCAGUCCGUCUUCUACACGCUCAUCUUCAGACACAGGGCCAUGCUGGAGGCCAACAUGAAGAAAGGACUCGAGUACCUGCAGAGUUUGAACCUGGAGCGGGUGGUGAUGUGUCAGCUGAACCCUCUGAAAGUCUGCCUGCCCUCAGUCACCAGCAUGUUUGCUGCCAUCACCAGGAAGUAUCAAGUGGUGUUCUGCUACACCAUCAUCGAGAGGAACAACCGCCUGGCGCUGCCGGUGGUGCGCAGCUCCGGAGGUGGAGACUGCAUCAGCACCAACACAAACCCACUGGACAGCUUCUUCCCCUUCGACCCCUACGUCCUCAAGAGGUCAGGUCAGCUGAUUGAGCCUCUGUACCAGGUCUGGGAGGAACUUGCAGACACAGAGUUGCCUCCCACAAAAACAGCCCAACAGAGCUCGAGGGAGGACGAGGACGACUUCCUGAGGGGGGAGACGCCGCAGAACGACGGCAUCGUGGGAAUGACGCCCAGCUCUUACGAGUCGAACCUCCUCAACCCGAGCAGCGUGGGUUCGCCCCCCUGCAUCCUCCAGAGGCCGUUCUAGUCCCUCAGACCGGUGGACUGUCCUCGUUGAACCCUCGUAUUUAGAGUGGGACCUUUUUUCUUUACUCCGCAGUAAGCUGAACGGACAUGCACCUGCACAGUUUAGGAUUCAACACACACAAAUCAGCCCUGAGAUAUGUGCUCAAACACGAACACUCACCUGUUUUUUUUUUUUUUUUAAUGUAUCUGUGUACAUAUAUAUAUAUAUAAAGACAACAGUGAAAUGUGGAGCCCUGAAUGAUCGAUGGUCUAAAGAGGUUCGUCUAGUUUUAACAGCUUUACGUGAACUGCUGUAGACAGGUCUUUGCUUUCGUUUCUUUUUCUGUAUGGAAGAACAUUUAACUAAUUAAACUAAAGGAUUAGAUGAUA